CGCUUAUAGGCUCUGCCAAGCAGCAGGGUAGCUGUGAGCAAGCCGCUGCGAUCGAGCUCCAGCAGAUAAUCGAUGGCUUUGUCGACGGGCUAGACAUCGCAACAGGCGACAGACAGAGAAUCGAGGUUUUCCUUAUGCUCUGUACAGAUAUGCUUGAUGCCCCGAAUGUAUGCCAGCUGUGUGAGUGUGGGAUACGGUCGGCUUUUACCAUUCUGUCAAAGGCGCUUCUGGGCGCCUCCGACACGGAAUCCCCGGACACCGCAGUGUUUAGAGCCCAGGUUGUUGAUCUGUGCAUUGAACGAACAUACCGAGUAUACGAGGAAGCCUGCUCUGUGCUAGAAAAGGCUAGCACGUCAGGCAACCAGCGCAGAUACACAGAGAACCGCCGAUGCAGUGCGGCUGGCAUUGCUCAUGACUGACAGCGUAUGCUCGCUGGUUUCCUCGCUGUCCGGUGCCAUCGCAUCACAGCGGAUCUGGUCGUCAGGACAAAGCGGCACCCCUCCAUUGGCAAUGGCGCUGGUCAAGUGGUUCGAAGUGGCCUGCCAGCUCUCCAAAACCAGCACAACCCCGACAAUGCGCAAAACCGCGUCGCUGGCAGGAAACAUCACAGAAUUAGCCAAAUCAGCCGGCACGCUAGUCGAGAGUAUAUCGUCGUCGCUCACCACCGACGCGCACUUGUCCCAGGACCUUGGAAUGAAGCGGGCCGUGCUGGAGCGGUUUUGCGAGUAUGUACUAACCGCAUACCGGUCGUUUCUGUCACAGCCACAGCACUUCAAAGCAAUCUGGAAAGCGCUGUGUCGGACUGCGACAAGAUUCGCUCCGCCGUCGUUUGCGGGCGGUAGACUGUGCGCGCGUGUUUUCUCCGAGUCGUGCUCGAUGAUUAGUAUACUGACACAGCAGACUGCAGGGAUACUGGCCAAGUCGCUGGCCAAGGACCUAGCCCAGCGGACGGUCGCCCAUCGGAUCAUGAACUCGUUGGCGUUUGUGCGCUUUUUCAUGUUCCACAUGUCGGCAUUGUUGAAGCGAAUGCAUUCGGAUCCGUCAGUCGACGAUACUGCCGCAUUCCAGCAUGCAAUGCCCAUGUUUGAUGACGUGCUGGGCAGUCUGGUCACACCGCACAAUAUGGCGUUUAUGCCCAGAAACAUUGCCGACAACAUGCAUAACCUAGUGCUGGCAGUGGCAGAAAAGGUCGUGGUGGCAAUGUUUUCACACAGCGUCAAGGAGCUUGUGUCCUAUGUAGACACGUGGCAAAUAUCGAGGUCCUUCGCAUGGUGCUUUCCAACAUCGACUCAUUUUCUGCCCACCAGCAAUCGCAGCUACUUGCACCGGCAUAAAUCACUGGUCAGCGCACUGGCUCUGGCUGUCGAUCGCGACCCCACAUCUAUAUUGGCCGCACUGGGCUCGGCUGCAAGCAGCGCUAUCAGCGAGCGCGUGAGUCUGUCAACCGCAUAUGAGCAGCUGGUUUCAUCGGUAGCAGUCAGUGCGAUAAAGGUGGCCACGCCGGAUGUGUUUGAGCUCUGGGAGAUCGCCGCGUUUGACGUGCUUUCAUGGUCCUCUCCAGGCAGUCUUGGUGCCUGCAUAGUUGCUGACGCAUGGAUUAUCGUCGCUCGUAAUGCGCUCCCAUCUGCGCUGGUUGUGUCAAUGAUGGACAGCAUUAUCGACAUCGCUUAUUCAGCACCAGAAAGCAUAUCCGACAUGGCACGCAGUCGCUUUGCCACACUCUUCGAUGGAUUUGUCCAGGGCAUCAGUCAAGAUGACCUUACUGCAUGGCUGGCCAGACUGGUAGCCCGAUUCGAUAAUCAAUCUGCGGGCAUUGGCCUGGUCUAUGCGAUGGUGCCAUGGUCAGUGUUUACUGACAGCGGUGCACUGUUGUCGAUAAGGAAGGCAGCACAGCAAAUAAAGGCUACGACCGGCUGCGCAGCGAUCGUUGCUGCUACUGGACUGGCCCUGGCAGGUGAGGCCAGUAUUGUUGGAAACAUUCUGGCAAUGGCUGUUUCUCUGGCGCAGAGUGACCUAGCAUUUCCUGCAUCAGUGCUGAGCGAAUGCUCCAGCCACAUUUGUUCGCAGAAUGGCAAGGCAUUUGACUCGCAUCCUGCUUCGGCCGUGAUGCUGGGACUUCUGUGCGGGUGCUUUGCCGAGACUGACCUGGAGCAGCCGCUGCUCAUGCCUGUUGGCAAGGCGGUGAAGCCCGUGUUUGCCUUCUUGCUUGAUUCUGCACGACCGUGGAUAGUCCGGCACUUUGCGCAUCGCCAGUUAAUUCGAUUCGCUAUGGACGAGCAUAACGCACAUAUUGUAGAGGCAGUCGCUACAGGGAGCGCUGAGCAGGCGCUGCUGCAGUUCAUCCAAAAAGUGCCAGCUGGCAAGCCCAUUGCUAAUGGAGAGCAAGAUCAUGUUUAUCGCGCGGUUUUUGAUAUUAAUGCCCCAAAAGAGUCGCUGAUGUCGGAGGAUUCUGGCAUCACCGGUUUGCUGGAGGCAAUUUCACGGCUCAGACAGGAACUAGCAGCUACGAGGGACAUGGCGUUGGAUCAGGACGAUGUAUGCUUGUUACGUGUUAGUAUUUACCUAGUAAACACAUUUGCCAACAAUGGUACUUCAUGGGUGUAUCCCAUGGGCCAAACGUCUAAGCACACACUGCUGGAUAUUCAGCAAAUGCCAACUCGCUGUGGCACAUGUCUAAGACAAGCAUCGGCAGCGCGACAUCAUCAUAUUAUGAACAAGAUUGUAAUUCCCCGGCUCUCUACUUUUCUUUACUCUACUUUUCAAGAUGAAACUAUCUUCUCUUUCGCUCGUUGUCCACUUCUCGGCCUCUCUGGUAUUGUGCUUUCAGAGCCGGUAAACCUAACCAACAGCGAGUACGAAUGGGUCAAGAAAGCGCGGAACAGUAACACUGAGGCUAUUGAAGAACAGGUUUAUGCGAUUUCUAACAGCGAUGAUGAUAUUCAAGAAGAGAUUGGUGCGCAUAAUGCUGUUAUUGAAGAAGUGGAUAAGAAUGUGUGUGAGGUUAUUGCAAACACUACCCAGCCACCGGCAGACGAUAUACUUGGAGUGUUCGAACCAUCAAACAAAAAAUUCUUUAGCUGCAACAUUGCGGAUAACUAG